UACCAAGCCAACCCGGAAUAGUCGGUUACCCGCGGUGAACCGACAUUCCCAAACGUCCAUCCGACCUGAACAAUCUUUACAACGUUCAAAACUGAACCAGACAUAAGUAAAACACUCGACAAAACUAUCUUUAGAUGGAGAUAUCGUCCCUUCUUGGUACUGGGUUUCACCUCCAAAUUCUCACCUUUCCAUCACCGUCGUCUUUUCCCAGAAUUCCUUCCCUGUCCCCUCCCACCCCAAGAGCCAGCAUCUCUAAUCUCAACUCGGCAACAUCAACGACAGCAACUCCCGUUAAAGAACCCAAUCCUACUCGGCCUCACUCCAAGUCUUACUUACAAAGAAAAUCCGCUCUUCUUGAAGUCCAACAAUCUUCUGAUUUGAACUCUGCCCUUCAAAAUUUUGGUGGAAUUUUAAAGCCGCAAGACUUGAAUGUAAUUAUACGACAUUUCGGGAAGUUAGGCAAAUGGCACCAUCUUUCUGAGCUAUUUGCUUGGAUGCAGCAGCAUGGGAAGACCAAUGGUUCAUCUUAUAGCAGUUAUAUAAAAAUUAUGGGGAAAAAACUCAGCCCUAUUAAAGCCUUGGAAAUUUACAAUAGCAUUCCGGAUGAAUCAACUAGAAUCAAUGUUUUUAUAUGUAAUUCUCUGCUUAGUUCUUUGGUUAGGAAUGGCAAAUUCGAGAGUGGUAUCAAAUUGUUUGAUAAGAUGAAGCAGGAUGGCCUAACCCCAGAUUCUGUCACCUAUAACACGUUGUUGGCAGGUUGCAUUAAAAUCAAACAUGGGCAUUCUAAGGCGUUAGAGUUGAUUAAGGAGUUGAAAUAUAAUGGUUUGAAAAUGGACAGUGUGAUGUAUGGAACUCUUUUGGCUGUUUGUGCUUCGAGUGGUCUUCAUGAAGAAGCUCAAAACUACUUUAACCAGAUGAGGGAGGAAGGUCAUUCACCUAAUUUAUAUCAUUACAGCUCUUUACUUAAUGCUUACUCUUAUGAUGGAAAUUACCGUAAGGCUGAUGAGUUGGUGGAGCAAAUGAAAUCUUCAGGGUUAGUACCAAACAAGGUUAUACUGACAACUUUAUUAAAGGUAUAUGUUAGAGGAGGCUUGUUUGAAAAAUCAACAGAACUAUUAGCUGAAUUGGAAGCUUUGGGCUACGCUGAAGAUGAGAUGCCUUACUGUUUAUUGAUGGAUGGUCUUUCAAAAGCUGGGCGUCUAGAUGAAGCAAGAUCAGUUUUUGUUGAAAUGCAGCAAAAAUGUGUCAAAUCUGAUGGAUAUUCCCAUAGCAUCAUGAUCUCAGCUCUGUGCCGAGCUGGGCUUUUUGAAGAGGCAAAGGAGUUGGCCCAAGAUUUUGAAGCCAAGUAUAACAAGUAUGACCUGGUAAUGUUAAAUACAAUGCUUUGUGCCUACUGCAGAGCAGGUGAGAUGGAGAGUGUAAUGCAAACAAUGAAGAAGAUGGAUGAACUUGCAAUCAGUCCAGAUUAUAACACCUUUCGUAUCCUGAUAAAAUAUUUCUGUAAGGAGAAAUUAUAUCUUCUUGCUUAUAAGACCAUGGCGGACAUGCAUGGUAAAGGCUAUCAUCCAGAGGAGGAACUUUGCUCCUCCUUAAUUUUUCAACUCAGUAAAAUGAAAGCCCAUUUGGAAGCAUUUUCUGUUUACAAUAUGUUGAGGUAUAGCAAAAGAGCAAUGUGCAAGGCCCUUCACGAGAAAAUUCUGCAUAUUCUAAUAGCUGGACAACUUCUCAAAGAUGCAUAUGUAGUAGUCAAGGAUAAUGCAGAAUUGAUCUCUCAACCUGCUAUAACAAAGUUUGCAACUGCAUUCAUGAAGUUAGGUAAUAUCAACAUGAUAAACGAUGUCCUGAAGGUUCUUCAUGGUUCUGGCUAUAAGAUUGAUCAGGGACUGUUUCAGAUGGCCAUAUCAAGAUAUCUUGGUCAGCCUGAAAAGAAGGAAUUGCUUCUGCAGUUGCUGCAAUGGAUGCCAGGUCAUGGAUAUGUUGUUGAUUCAUCAACAAGAAACAUGAUACUUAAGAACUCUCAGUUAUUAGGUCGCCAGCUCACUGCAGAGAUAUUGUCCAAGCAGCAUAUGAUGUCAAAAGUGUCAAGGUCUACUUAGAUCAUGGAUGGAUCAGCAUUUAACAAAAUAGUGUAAAUUGAACGAGACAAUUCAAGUCAAUUAAUCUAAUUUGGUUCUGAUUUUAAGAAAAUCUGUUUCCUUUGUGUUUAA